AUGGAAUCUGCCAAGUCUUCAUCUAUAUAUGAACAUUAUAAUCUACCAGAGGAUGCAGAAUCCCUGAAGGGUAAAUUUAAGGCAAAAUGCAAAUACUGCCCCAUGUCUAUCUCAGCUACAGGAAAAACAACAUCAAAUCUCAUCACUCACAUGAAGAGAAAACAUUCAGAACAGAUGAUGAAAUCUGUUAAACGCUCACGGGAGCAGUCAGAGCAGACAGACAUGAGCACUUAUAUGUACAAGAUGAAGAAGUACUCUGCAACUGACCCCAAACAAGCUAAAUUCCUAGACAACUUGCCCCUGUUUGUAGCUAGCUCCCUCCAGUCUCUUUCUGUUGUUGAAGAUGAAGAUUUAAGGAAAAUGAUUAGUGGUAUUGAUGAACGCAUUGUUGUUCCUAGCAGAAAACACCUCAGCACAGUGCUCAUUCCUAAUAAAGCAGAAAGUGUCCACAACAAACUCACGAAACUCCUAGGCAUAAUCAACAACGCUUGUCCUAAAUUAGGAAACGACAGUCUUGGCACUUCUACGAUUGAAAUGAACAACAACACAUUCUAUUUGAUACGGUCACAAGCAGACUUCACGGAAAUUUACAAAGUUCUCCAAAAAGUGAUAUAUUUGAGAAGAAAUGGCACUGAUCUCGUAUAUGUGAAUUCGACCGAUCGUCGUAUCAUCAUGACAAUCACCAACCUGAACACUACUAUUACUCUGCACCUUGAGCUCAACGAUGUCGAUCAGGAAACUGUUGAAAAUAGUGUAGCCUACAAGAACGAUGCCCUUUGUCGAGAUCAUGCAGUGCAUCCAAUGGACCACGAAACCUGCUCAGUUGUAACUUUUCGAAAGAAUUAUUUCUACGAGGAAGCCAUUACAGUUAUGGUUGAGGAGAUUUUGGCAAAACUCCAAUGGAAAUCAAUAAUUAUAUUUUAUGAAAACUCUACUGAGAACAAUAUGGACAGAAUUUUGGCAAGAGUGAACGAAUGCGGUGUAGUGCAAAAUACAUUUAACGUUGAUAAUUUAAGGACUAGGGAGGAUAUCUGGGAGGUUUUGGACUUCAUUCACGGUGGACUUUCCGACAGUAUGGCCAACAUCACAAUUGUCUGUCAUGUGGGUUGCGCGCUCCGUAUAUUGAAAGAGGCAAAUGGAUAUGACACUCUGCCAGCAAACUUCCGCCGUACAGCACUUCGAGAUCACACUUUCUGGUUCGUGGUGACCCUGCUUCCCAGCGAUUUAAACGACUUAGUGAAUGCUUCCAGUCUGCUCGAUAACGUUUGUGUGUUAAAUCUGAACGUAACUACGACUGACUCGGUAUUCAACUACACAUACAAUCGAAGUUUGACCAGCCCAACAUUUUGCCGAACGUAUCCGCUAUCUACGCUAAUGUGGAAAGAAAACUCGGACAAUGGGACGACAGAACUAGUUAGAAAGUUUGAAAUCAUUGGAGAAGUUGAAACCACAGGAAAACAUCAUUUUCAUUCGAACAUAUUUCCAAAUAUUGAGUACGGAUUCAACCAACGGAAUUUGCUGGUUACGACCUUAUGGUGGCCAUUAUUUAUUGAAAGAAUCGAGAAAAAUGGCAGUACCAUUGGUUAUUUUGGAUUUUGUAUUGACUUACUAGAUGAACUUGCUAGAGAAUUAAAUUUUACGUAUACAUACACUGAACCACUGGAUGGGGAGUUUGGCCGUAUAUACUCAAACCGAUCUUGGAGUGGAAUGGUUGGACAGUUGGAGAGGAGAGAAGUGGAUCUAAUGGUCGCAGCAUCCUCUAUACAAGGCCCCAGAGAGCAAGUAAUGGAUUAUACCCAUCCAUUUUAUUACGACACCACCACGAUUCUGAUAAAGCGACCUGAUGAGAACAAAAUAUUUACUUUGGCGAAACCUCUCAGGAUAGAAGUCAUAGUCUGCAUUAUUUUCGUACUUCCAGUUUCGGCAUUCUUACUGUUCAUUAUUGAGAAAUCGUCCCCGUACUAUCAAGUGCAUGGACCAGACGGCAGGCAGAACUACCAGAUGUCAUUCUGGUAUAUGUUUGGUGCACUACUCACGCAAGGUGGAGAGAGUCUGCCCAAUUCACCGAGCGGCCGCACAAUGAUAACUUUCUUCUGGGUAUUCUCCAUCAUUUUGGUUGCUACAUACUGUGGGAAUUUAAUAGCCUUCUUGACAGUGACAAAGGAAACACGCCCAUUUGAUUCCCUGGAAGAACUGGUAGAGCAAGAUGAAUACAAAUGGGGGAUUGUAUCGGGAACAUAUUUUGUGACAUGGUUCCAAGAGUCCCCUUUUGAAGUUCUACAGAAGGUCUGGGCUGGAGUGGUAACAUUUAACAAAACCGAUACAGAUGUUUUAAAUCUUGAUCCGGAAGCACAUAUUGACAAACUGUACAACGAAAAGUAUGCGUACAUAGGAGACAAAACUUUCAUGGAAAUAAAAAUGGCAAAUAAUUGUGAACUCGUAACAGCGGCACAAGAAAUUCCGAAUAUGUCCUACGGUGUUGGCCUUCCUAACAACUCUCUGUACACGAAAAUGUUCUCGGACAAAAUUCUCUCCCUAGAAGAAGGUGGAAUAUUACAGACCUUCAAGCAGAAACAUUGGCCUUUUGCAGAUAAAUGCCAAGGAUCUGUGGUGACAGAGGCUAAAAAGAUCAGGUUGAUCGAUGUUCAAGCCGCCUUCAUUGUAAUUGGUGUUGGUAUAACGUUUGGUAUCAUUGUACUCUUCUUUGAAAAAGGUAGUAAACAUUUAUCAGAUGGCUUUUGUGUGAAAAAAGACCACGGUGAUUGUGAGCGUAUUGGCACAGUUCCAAAAAGGAGUAUAUGUCUUGAUAGCCAGCCUAGACCUGUCUCUGAUAUGGAUUAAAACGGCCUUCAUAGACACAUACGUAUCGGAGUCUUUCUACCAGCAUUUCAUAUUGAAUAGAUAUAGGGAAUAUAACAAUGACUAUUUACAAUCCUGUAAACUCAACAUUCUUCAAUCA